GAACUGUAAUCUAAUCUUUUGUUUCUGCGACUUUUCUUCUUCAUCCAUCCAGAGUGUCUUUAGCCAGUUUGGUUGGUCGGAAAUCGAAAAACCGAUUUUCCGGCGUUGGGUAUAUCAUUUCCGGUAUCUCAACAAGCCACCAAAGCCUUCGGUAAAAUGGCGUCCGGCGGCCAGCAAUUCCCACCCCAGAGGCAAGAGACACAGCCAGGGAAAGAGCACAUCAUGAACCCUACCCCCCAUGCCGCAAGCUGUGAAUACAAGCCCGCCAACAAGCUCCAUGGGAAGGUGGCGCUGGUGACGGGUGGAGACUCGGGCAUAGGGAGGGCGGUCUGCUACUGCUUCGCGAGGGAGGGUGCGACGGUGGCCUUCACCUACGUGAAGGGGCAAGAGGACAAGGACGCUCAGGACACCCUACAGAUGAUAACAAAGGCCAAGACCGGAGAGGUGAAGGACCCCAUCGCCAUAGCCGCAGACCUCGGCUUCGACGAGAACUGCAAGCGAGUCGUAGACAGGGUGGUGAACGCCUUCGGGAGGAUCGACAUACUGGUCAACAAUGCCGCCGAGCAGUACGAGGCGGGAUCCGUCGAGGAGAUCGAUGAGCAGCGCCUCGAGAGGGUGUUUAGGACCAACAUCUUCUCUUACUUCUUUAUGACCAGGCAUUGCCUGAAACACAUGAAGGAAGGAAGCAGCAUCAUCAACACCACGUCGGUGAAUGCGUACAAGGGUCACGCUAAGCUGCUGGACUAUACAGCGACCAAGGGAGCAAUCGUGGCUUUCACCAGGGGUCUGGCGUUGCAGCUGGUGCAGAAGGGGAUCCGUGUGAAUGGGGUUGCACCAGGCCCGGUUUGGACUCCGCUGAUACCGGCGUCGUUCACGGAGGAGGAGUGCUCCAAGUUUGGGUCGGAGGUGCCCAUGGGUAGGGCUGGUCAGCCUCAUGAGAUUGCACCGGCUUAUGUGUUCCUCGCCUCUCCGACCUGUUCUUCUUACAUCACCGGCCAGGUUCUCCACCCCAAUGGUGGAACGGUGGUGAAUGGUUGAUCGAUGCAUGGUAGCCAGCAGUUUGUAUAGGGACACGGUCUGGUUUUAGAGAUGAUGCUCUCAAGCAUGUUGAUAUAAUAUAAUAAAGCUAAGAGAGCAUGUAUGUUGUGUAGUGAUCAAUGGAGGAUCGAUCCCUGUGAAUAAAAUAAUAUCGUUUCAUACUCU